AUGAGCUUCACUUGGGAUCAGUCGACGCCUAACAUCCCCAUUCUCGGUAGCGAUGAGAUCAAUCUGAACCCUUACAAAGUCGCCGCUGAAGACGAUCUGCAAUACACAAAAUUUCUCAAAGAUCGUGCAAAGAGACAAGAUCAGGCAUAUGUCAACAGUGUUUUCCGGUUCUUCUCGCAAGUGCACUAUGGCUUGCUGACGUGGAUCAUGUCCGGCUGUGCCAGUGUCGCAAAGUGGACCGCGUUCGCCCCUGUCAUCUCAAAGCGUCUGGACCUAUACACCCAAGCACACCAUGCGCGUGGCCAGAAGCUCGUUUCCGAGAAUAUCCGUAUGAUUUGUUCCGAUUUACCAAAGCCAUCAGACGUGGUGGUAGAAGUUAUGGAUUUCGCACCCGGCCGUAUGGAACUCACGAGACCUAAAUUCGGAGAAGUCUCCAAGUGGAAAGAAAAGCCAAACUGGGCUCAAUUUGUUGAGGAUGAGAUUCUUUCCGGUGGGCCUCGAGGCUUCCCAUUCAUGAACGCUGGUUUUCCCGAGUUCCCUUACAUAUCGACGGAGUCCAUGACCUUCUGGUCGAAGUCCAAAUGCCAGCGCAGGAGAGCCUUAGUAUCGUACUUCUCGACACCGAUAUCACAGAUGACCCGCGACAUUGGCCAGUAUCUGCUGGACAACCUGUGGGAAACAAGAGAGCUCAAAGAUGCUGUCAAAAACUACCGCGGGCAACGAGCCCCGAUGACCGAGUAUGCGAAGAACACAUGGGCUUGUAUGGUACCACAGGCAUUCCACCAUCUGUCCAAAGGUGUUGAAAGCUGGUAUCGGCUCGAUGAAACAUGGCUCUCCAUAUAUCUUGCGACUGAGAUGUGCAUGCUUCCCUCCAGCCGCCUUGGUGGUCCAGGUCUCAACCCAGAAGAAGCGUACUUCAUCAUUUUAACAAGAUACAAACAAAGAAGUCGCUACGAAUGGAACAACCGAACAGCAAUCGACCUAGUCAAUGGGCUCGUCGAGCUGAAUGAUGAACUACAUAAUUGGCAAUCGUUACUAGAGCAGCAGCAAGGCUUCCUGGAGCGUCUUCGCAGGGACGCUCUAAUUCUUGAACAACACUAUAAAGCCAACCCGGUGGAUCCUGGCCUGGAAGGGAAAGGCGAAUCCCCAACUCAAAGGGUGGAUCGGGCGCUCAAGUCUGUUGGUAUUCGACGAGCCGAGAUGGACAAAAUCUUCCACGAGUCCAGCAGGGUUCUAGAAGCAGUAGGUGGUCCUGAUCCCUCCAAUCGCAGUACCCGAAUAUUGACAUAG